UCACCAGGGAUAUGGAGGAGCACUCUUCAUUUUGUUCGCCAGUGCUGAGAGACGGUUGCUUUGGAUCUCAAAACGACUAAACAUGGAUGUGGGAAGAGAGCUUUUCAAUAAUUUCCACUCAUGACCUCUGCUCAUUACCUGCUAACUAUCAGAUUAUUGCAAGUUUUGAGUAAAUACUCCUCAUGGCAAAGGUAAAACGUGUAACCAAGCAGGCGUCGUCUUGGCAACCCGUGCAGCACCUGACAAAGACCAGGUUUCAGUUCAGUCUCAGAGGCCUCAUGACCCACCCCUUCGUUGGACAAACAACAGCCUCAUUCACUGCACCUCUGCUGACCUAAUUUUCUCUUUGUGAAGGGAAAAUCCACAGUUGCAUUCUCUUAAAUGGUCCGGCACCGGACACCGGCCUGACAGUCGCCUGCAGCUCGCCUGCAGUCUGCAGAUGAGCUUGCAAACAAAAUGAGUCCUGAUGGAGACACAUUAUCAGUCAUUGAGAACCCGGUAGCCGUCAGUCAUCCCUUUCCCGCCGAGAAGGCAGAAGUUUUUGAACAAAGCAGGGGAGAGCGGAACUGCUUGAAAAGAUUUCAGAACGCAACGCGUGCUCACAGGCUGAUGAGGCUGCUGGCAGCAAUGUGUGCACUUGGAAUCUUGGGAGGAUUGGCUGUCGGCAUUUGGAUCCUAGUCAAAUUUCUCCUGAGGCCAUCUUCCUCUCACAGUGCAGUGGGACUGGGGGACACUAAAGAGACUUCUUUCUGUAAUGUGACAGAGGACAUUGCCAUCGCCGACCCCAGGAAAGUGUUUUACAGAAUCAGCCCAGAGAACUCUCUGCUGGAGAUCCAGCUGGGAAGGUUGCCCAACUGGCUGCCGGUGUGCUAUGAGAGAUGGAACUCAUCACUGGGAACACUGGUCUGCAGGCAGCUGGGUUAUCUGAGAUUGACAAAGCACAAAGGCGUGAAUCUGACUGAUAUUGGGCCCAACUACACCGAGGGCUUUCUCCAGAUUAGCUCAGAACAACGGGGAACUCUGGAAAAUAUGUGGCAGUUCAGGCGUAGCUGCAUCACUGACAAGGUCAUCGCCCUGCAAUGUUUUGAGUGUGGCACACGAGCCAAAUUGGCCAGAAUAAUCGGAGGAGUUGAGGCUACGUUGGGAAGGUGGCCCUGGCAGGUCAGCCUUUACUACAGCAACCGCCACACCUGCGGAGGCUCCAUCAUCACCAGCCAAUGGAUCGUCACAGCUGCUCACUGUGUGCACAACUACAGGCUGCCGCAGGUGUCCAGCUGGGCGGUCCACACAGGCGUAGUGACGCGCAGCUUGCCGAUAACGACGGAGUCCACGGGGCACGCGGUGGAGAAGAUAGUCUACAACAAGAACUACAACCACGUGAGCCACGACAGCGACAUCGCCCUGAUGAAACUGCGGACGCCACUCAACUUUUCAGAUACAGUUCGCCCUGUGUGUCUGCCUCAGUACGACUAUGACCCUCCUGGAGGUACGCAGUGUUGGAUCUCUGGCUGGGGAUACACACAACCUGAUGGCGUUCAUUCAUCGGACACCCUGAAAGAGGCCCCCGUCCCUAUCAUAGGCACCAAUAAAUGCAACAGCUCCUGCAUGUACAACGGAGAAAUCACACCGCGGAUGCUCUGUGCCGGAUACACUGAUGGAAAAGUGGACGCAUGUCAGGGGGAUAGUGGUGGGCCUUUGGUAUGCCAGGAUGACAAUGUGUGGCGGCUGAUGGGUGUCGUCAGCUGGGGGAAUGGCUGCGCUGAGCCCAACCAUCCGGGAGUCUACACCAAGGUGGCCAAAUUCCUUGGGUGGAUCUAUGAGAUCAUGGAGACGCACUGAGGAGGGACCCCGACACAAGAACACCAGCAGUAACAGUGGACAUUUAAACUAUAAAUGUUGCUUCUUUAAUGUGAACAUCUCAUCAGUUAUGUCAAGGGUGGGCCAAAAAUGGGUAUACACUUGAAUGAUCAAAUGAAUUUGAUCAAUCAAGUUUUCACUGUGUUUUCACUCUGAGCCUUUCCCAUCCAUCAAAAUUUUGUUUUGCGUUCUUCUUUCUCUGAUAUAUACUUUUCUGAUUUCCUUCUUUUGUUCCUACUUUCUUCCUCACUUUUACCUUCUUCCCUAACCUCAAUUACCUCCAUGCAACCUUACACCCCUCCUGUCACUUGAACCUUUUCUGCCUUUUUUCCUUCCUAACUCCUACCUUUGUUCUUCAUCUGUCCUCUAGGCCUAUUUUUUAUUUUCCUAACUUCAUUCCUUCCGUACCUGAUUACGACUGCUUUUCGAUCCACUUUCUUCGUUCUUCAAAUAAUCUCUCACAGUUCCCACUACCUGAAAAAAACAGAUAACUACUCUUGGCCCACCCUUUAUUUCUAUCAAGAUGUCCUGUUGAUUUUUUUGUACCAAAUAUGAAUUAUGUCUUAUUCCAGCUUGUGUCAAAUGGAGUUCAUUUAGCUGCAACUCCUCUCUUGGCCACCGGUGUGACCUUUGUGCGACUCUGCUAGUUUCCACAGCAACCAACAACACAGGCAGAAUCUACAUGAAUCGCGCCCACGAGUUAAGAUACUUAUUAGUAAUAAGGGUAGUUAGUGUGCGUGUAAUGAUAUUUAAUUAAGAGUCCUGUACUUGUAUUAGGGCGAAUUAGCAAACAGGGAGUGUUCGUUUCUUGCUUGCCCAUCAAUUUAAUUCUCGUUUUGCGAACAGGAUUCGCUUCCAACUUCAGGAGCUGACGCUAGUUGAUGACGUAGUGGCUUUGCAACGAUUUUACUUUUUUUUUUAACGCGUGUGAUAAUAGAAAAUUGGCCUUUUUAGUGAGUUGACAGUGUUCGUUAUUUGUUCCGGGAGACGUACGUUUCGUCCAACUGUCACCCCUUGGGUUUG